UGCUGUUCUGAGCCCAGUGGCGCUUUCUGCUCCUGAGCAAGCGUGGUUGGACCGCCUACCUGCUCAAGUGUCCGCUUUGCCCUUCCCUGACCAGCCCAGCCAGACCAGAUCUCUCCGGAGAAGGAGCCCUCUCUCCUGGCAGCUGGACCCAAGGAGCCACCUUUGACACCAGUGGGAGGAAUCCUCCUGUCAAGUCCUCCACGACCUUGGCCAGGCCCUGCCCUUCGGUCCUUGCCUGCAGUGUAAGGUAAGAGGGAGCCACGGGGCCUUUGGGGAGGACGUGAGGCUUGCCAGUAGCAAGAUUCCUUUGGCUGUGUGUGGGGGAUGGAAAUCCCCCUCCCACCCAUCUGGGCUGGAUCCUCAUGGCCAUGUCUCUUAGGCCCACCCUGACCAUGGUUCCUGCCUGGCUUUGGCUGCUUUGCUUCUCUAUCCCCCAGGCUUUCCCUGAGGCCCAGCCUGCAGAACUGUCUGUGGAAGUCCCUGAGAACUAUGGCGGAAAUUUCCCUUUGUACUUGACCAAGCUGCCGCUGCCCCAUGAGAAGCCUGAAGGGCAGAUUGUGCUAUCAGGGGACUCAGGCAUACCAGCUGAAGGUCCCUUUGCUGUGGAUUCAGACUCUGGCUUCCUGGUGGUGACCAGUGCCCUGGACAGGGAGGAACAGGCAGAAUACAAGCUACAGGUCACCCUGGAGACUGGAGAUGGAUAUGUCUUGUGGGGUCCACAGCCUGUGAUUGUGCAUGUGAAGGAUGAGAACGAUCAGGUGCCCCAGUUUUCCCAGACCAUUUACAGAGCUCAGCUCAGCCAGGGCACCAGGCCUGGUAUCCCCUUCCUCUUCCUUGAGGCUUCAGAUGGGGAUGCUCCAGGCACAGCCAACUCAGAUCUUCAAUUCCACGUCCUGAGCCAGACCCCAGCUCAGCCUUCAUCAGACAUGUUCCAGCUAGAGCCUCGGCGGGGAGCUCUGGCCCUCAGCCCCGAGGGGAGCACCAGCCUAGACCGUGCCCUGGAGGGGUCCUAUCAACUAUUGGUACAGGUCAAGGACAUGGGUGACCAGGCCAUAGGCCACCAGGCUACAGCCACCAUAGAGGUCUCCAUAGUACAGAGUACCUGGGUACCCCUAGAGCCCAUCCACCUGGCAGAGAAUCUCAAAGUCCCAUACCCACACCCCAUUGCCCAGGUACAUUGGAGUGGGGGGAAUGUGCACUAUCACCUGGAGAGCCAACCCCCUGGACCAUUUGAUGUGGACGCAGAUGGGAAACUCUAUGUGACCAUGGAGCUGGACCGAGAAGCCCAGGCUGAGUACCUGCUCCAGGCCUGGGCUCAGAAUUCCCAUGGUGAGGACUACGCAAAACCCCUGGAGUUUCAUGUGGUGGUGACAGAUGAGAACGACAAUCCACCUGUCUGCCUCCCACGUGGUUCCUCAAUCAGCAUCCCUGAGCUCAGCGCCCCAGGCACUGAAGUGACUCAGCUGUUGGCAGAGGAUGCAGAUGCCCCUGGAUCUCCCAAUUCCCACAUUGUGUAUCAGCUUCUGACCCCUGAGCCCCAGAAGGGCGCUGAAGGGAGAGCCUUUGCCCUGGACCCCACCUCAGGCAGUGUGACUCUGGGCACUGUCCCCCUCCAAGCUGGCCAGGACAUCCUCCUUCAGGUGCUGGCUAUUGACCUAGCAGGAGCAGAGGAAGGGCUCAGCAGCAUGUGUGAGGUCGAAAUCACAAUCACAGACAUCAAUGACCAUGCCCCUGAGUUCACCAUCUCCCAGAUUGAGCCUGUAAGCCUCCCUGAGGAUGUGGAGCCCGGUACUCUGGUGGCCACACUCAUGGCCACUGAUGCUGACCUUGAACCUGCCUUUCGCCUCAUGGAGUUUGCCAUUGAGGCAGGGGAUAAGGAAGGGAUUUUUGGCCUGGAUUGGGAGCCAGGCUCUGACCAUGUCCAACUCAAACUCCGCAAGAACCUCAGCUAUGAGGCAAUUCCCCACCACAAGGUGGUGGUGGUAGUGCGAAAUGUGGAGAAACUGGUGGGCCCAGGCCCAGGCCCUGAAGCCACAGCCACAGUGACUGUGCUGGUGGAGAGGGUGAUGCUGCCCCCUAAGUUGGACCAGGAAAACUAUGAAGCCAGUGUCCCAAUCAGUACACCAGCCGGCUCCCACCUGCUGACCAUCCAGCCCUCAGAUCCCAUGAACAGAACCCUCAGGUUCUCCCUGGUCAAUGACUCAGAGGGCUGGCUCUGCAUCAAGGAGGUCUCUGGGGAAGUACACACAGCUCAGUCCCUGCAGGGCGCCCAACCUGGGGACACAUACACGGUGCUUGUGGAAGCCCAGGAUGCAGAUGAGCCAAGACUGAGCGCCUCUGCUGCUCUAGUGGUCCACUUCCUGAAGCCCCCUCCUGCCCCAGCUCUGACUCUGGCACCCAUGCCCACCCGAUUCCUCUGCACACCCCGCCAGGACUACGGUGUGGUAGUCAGUGGACUCAGUGAGGAUCCCAACCUGGCCAGUGUUCCCGGUCCCUACAGCUUUGCCCUUGGCCCAAACCCUACGGUGCAGCGGGAUUGGCGCCUCCAGCCUCUCAAUGAUUCCCAUGCCUACCUCAUCCUGGCCCUGCAUUGGGUAGAACCAGGUGAAUAUGAAGUUCCUGUGGUCGUCAGCCAUAAUGCCCACACAUGGCAGCUCCUGGUCCAAGUGAUUGUGUGUCGCUGCAAUGUGGAGGGGCGGUGCUUGCGCAAGGUGGGCCGCAUGAAGGGAAUGCCCACGAAGCUGGUAGCCGUGGGCACCCUCCUGGGCACCCUGGCAGCAAUAGAUGAGGUCACUAUGGCCCAGAGAGAUUUACUGACUUGUCUGAGGUUAUACAGCCAAGAGAUAGCAGAGCCCAGGCUUCUUCCUCAUUCUCAUCUUCACGCACUUGGCCCUGGCGAGGAAGAAGGACCUGAAUCAGCCAGCAGACAGCAUGCCCCUGAAGGUGGCCGUCUGAGUGAUCCAGGCAGCCGCAGCUGGGAGAUUGGACCUGGCUCCAACUGAAUCCACUGGGAAAGAUCCAGUAUCCAAGAUCCAGUGGGGGGGGGGGCAGGACAGAGUAAAAACUUCUCCAGGGCCAGGGAUUUAGCUCAGUGGUUCUUCGGCCUGCCUUGCAAGCUCAAGCACAAGGUCCCAAGUUAGAUCCCCGGUACCAAAAAAACAAAAAACCUCUCCACCUUCCUGGGGUGGAGGCACUAUCACUAGACAAAUCCCCAGAGGGAAACUGACUUUCUGGAUUGUCCUUGAGAAUACUCUAAAUGGCAGCUCAUUUUCCAAUAAUAAAGCCUUAGCGAGCUGGGCCUGGGGCUAAACAA